AAUCAUCGAAGCAAAUCUGGUGAAAAAUAAACAACCAAACAAAAUCCUACAGCCAUCAAAAAAAAGAAGCUAACUUGCUAAAAAAGAAUUUUGAUUCAUUUUUUUCCCGGCUUCGUCCCGAACAUUUUCCCGAACAUAAUGAUGUUCCGUAUUAUUAUCGCCACCUUAAUGGUGGCCGGUAUGGCUUCAGCACAAGUGGGUGGCCCAAUGAACAAAACAAUCUCCAGUAGAGUUUUUAUGAGACAGGCAAAUGAAACUGCCGAUGGCAAAGAUUCAACUGAUUUGAGAAAUUAUGGUUAUGCUCCAGCACCAGCACCAGCUUACGCUCCAGCACCAGCACCAGCUUAUGCCCCACCACCACCACCUGCCUAUGCUCCACCACCACCACCACCAGCUUAUGCUCCAGCACCAGCACCAGCUUACGCUCCAGCACCUGCACCAGCAUAUGCUCCAGCACCAGCUCCAGCCUAUGCCCCACCCCCACCACCUGCCUAUGCUCCACCACCAGCCCCAGCAUAUGCACCACCACCUCCAGCACCUGCUUACGCUGAUCCUGGAAUUUGCAUUUGCACUAGCCCGGCUGCUGAAUAUGCACCACCACCACCACCAGCCUAUGCUCCACCACCACCACCACCAGCAUACGCACCACCCCCACCAGCAUAUGAAGCACCAGCACCAUCAUAUGCUCCAGCUCCAGCACCAGCAUAUGCUCCAGCACCAGCACCAGCUUAUGCCCCAGCACCAGCACCAGCUUAUGCUCCACCACCCCCACCACCAGCAUACGCACCACCACCCCCACCACCAGCAUACGCUCCACCCCCACCACCAGCACCUAAAUAUGCCGCCUAUAAAUAAACUCGAAAUAUAUUCGGAAUGAAAUCUGGAACCAAUAUUUCAAAUCUAUUU